AACAUUAUUAAGCACAAUUUCGUUCAACUGACGAAAUUCACGAGGUUCCACCGGAUCCGAAGACGUCUCCAUCACCAAGGAAAAUAUCGGGUGUCGUGUACUGAGCGAUCCGAUCGAUGUCUGCUCAACGACAUCGACCCGUCCAAGCUGUCAUCGUUGAUAUGCGGACAUCCAGCAGGAAGAGGGACAGCUCUACUGUUGCAAGCUCUGCGACAGGUUUGUUGCACAGCAUAUAAUUCCAAUCAGUUUAUUCAGAACUUUUUCUCAUUGCUCAGCUACCUGCUGAACAACAACGUUCCUCAAUGCAAGUGUAUAAAGCAAGUCACUAUUGCCGCCUCGUCCGAGUAUUCUCGAAAAGCACUGUCUUGGAUCAUUGAUAAUGAUGUGCUGCAGUUGAAAGCAAAGAAGAAUUCCGCCUUAGUUCGUGUCCUUCAAGCAGAUGGUGUGGAUUCUCGAGAACAAAUGGCUAGGCUUAUCAACAUGUUGUCAAGUUUCACCAGUGGCAGACAUUACUUAGCAGCUCAUCUUCGCCUUGUGCUCAAUUGUGUGGUGCCAGUUCUUCGUGGUCGACGGCUACCUACUACAACACAGGAGCAACUGAUCGCUAUGCUUCAGAAAAAUAGCGUUAGGCAUAUGUGCCAACGCGAGCUGCUGCAAUGUGGCAUGUUGGAAUGGAUAGUGAACUUUCUAGAAGGUCGAAUAACAACAUAUGCUACGGAAUAUGCAUGCGCAUUAGCUAUUAAUCUAUGCUUGAAUGUGAGUUGUUUGUCAUUAAGGAAAAAACUCAUUUCAUCAAGCUAACU